AGAAAGUUGCUAGCCGGCUUCACCGCUCGGCUUCUACUUGGCGACGUCGGUGGCUGCGAAGAGGACGCGUUUGGAGAGCUCCGCUUUUUGCGCACGGGAGAGUUUAGCGCACCGGGGGGAAUUGCGCGUUUGGCGCUGCUGCGGCUGCCGAUUCCGCUCCGGAGGCUCCUUACUGCUGCUGCGGCGGCGGCUGGCUCAGCGUCGCUUUUCGCCCGGCAGGCGGCUUGGCGUCCUGCGCCCGGCUGCCUCUCCAUCGCGCGCUCCAGGGACCGCGCGCUCCCGGCUGGCCUGUGCCUGGCUCCUGGGCCCCGCUGCUGGGGCGCCCCGCUCUUCCCGGCCGGCUCUACUCGCGCGCCGCCAAUGCUGAACAUGAGCGAGGAGCACUCCAAAGCCCUGGAGGCGCCGGGCAGCCCCGCGGGCACGGCCAGCUCCAUGUCCCACGUGGACUCGGACUCGGACGCGCCGUCGUCGCCUGCCGGCUCGGAGGGGGCCCCGGGGGCGCCCUCGGCCUCUUCGCAGCGACCCGGCGGCGGCCCCAAAGGCGAGCCGGGCGACGUGGACGAGCGCUUCCCGGCGUGCAUCCGCGACGCCGUCUCGCAGGUGCUGAAGGGCUACGACUGGAGCCUGGUGCCCAUGCCCGUCCGCGGCAACGGGGCGCUGAAAGCCAAGCCGCACGUCAAGCGGCCCAUGAACGCCUUCAUGGUGUGGGCGCAAGCCGCCCGGCGGAAGCUGGCUGACCAGUACCCGCAUCUGCACAACGCCGAGCUCAGCAAGACGCUCGGCAAGCUGUGGCGUUUGCUAAGUGAAAGUGAGAAGCGUCCCUUUGUUGAAGAAGCCGAGCGUUUGCGAGUCCAGCACAAGAAGGACCACCCAGACUAUAAAUAUCAGCCACGCAGGAGGAAAAGCGUCAAGGCAGGCCAAAGCGAUUCUGAUUCGGGAGCCGAAUUGAGUCAUCACGGUGGGAACCAGAUCUACAAAGCAGACACUGGUCUGGGAUCCAUGAGCGAAACUCACCACCACAGUGACCAUGCAGGGCAGACCCACGGGCCCCCUACCCCACCCACCACCCCCAAGACGGACCUCCACCAUGGGGGCAAGCAGGAGAUGAAGCACGAGGGGCGCCGCCUAGUCGAGAGCGGCCGGCAGAACAUCGAUUUCAGCAACGUCGACAUCUCUGAACUGAGCAGCGAGGUGAUCAACAACAUGGAGACCUUUGACGUCCACGAGUUUGACCAGUACUUGCCGCUCAACGGCCACUCUGCCAUGCCGCCUGACCACGGGCAGAACUCUGCGGCAGGGUCUUAUGGGGCCGCCUACCCCCACCCGACGAGUGGCAGCGGGGCUGGAGCGGCCCCGGUUUGGACUCACAAGAGCCCUCCCGCCACCUCGCCUCCCUCCAACGAAAGUGGGCAGCAGAGGCCCCACAUCAAGACAGAGCAGCUGAGUCCUAGCCACUACAGCGACCAGUCCCACAGCUCCCCGACUCACUCCGACUACGGCUCCUACACUGCCCAGGCAUGUGCCACUACUGUGUCCUCUGCCACGGCCACGGCCUCUUUCUCCAGUUCCCAGUGCGACUACACAGAUCUCCAAAGCUCCAACUACUACAACCCAUACCCCGGCUACGCUUCCAGCCUCUACCAGUACCCGUACUUCCAUUCCUCACGACGGCCGUACGCCACCCCGAUCCUCAACAGCUUGUCCAUCCCUCCCUCGCACAGCCCCACCGCAAACUGGGACCAGCCGGUCUACACAACUCUGACAAGGCCUUGAGAAGGACGGAAGGAGUUGUUGGAGACCUGAGGUCUUCCCUGGACCCCCUCCCUCCC